GGGCGCGCGAGCCGGCCUCGGACACGCGCGCUUCCUCCCAGCCCCCAGUUCCGGAGCGGCUGGCGGCCGGCUCCGCGCCGCAUCACCGGGUGCAUCGCCAGGUCCUCCGUCGGGUGUCUCGCCAGUUCCGGACAAAGAGGUGUAAGCAGACUGCAGGACCGACCAGUACCAUCAUGGCAGAGAAAGUGAACAACUUCCCACCGUUGCCCAAAUUCAUUCCACUGAAGCCAUGUUUCUACCAAGACUUUGAGGCAGACAUCCCUCCCCAGCAUCUCAGCUUGACCAAACGCCUCUACUACCUCUGGAUGUUGAACAGCGUCACGCUGGCCGUGAACCUGGUGGGCUGUCUCGCGUGGCUGAUCGGAGGCGGAGGAGCCACCAACUUUGGCCUCGCCUUUCUCUGGCUCAUCCUCUUCACACCCUGCUCCUAUGUCUGCUGGUUUCGGCCCAUUUACAAGGCCUUCAAGACGGACAGCUCCUUCAGCUUCAUGGCAUUCUUCUUUACCUUCAUGGCCCAGUUGGUCAUCAGCAUCAUUCAGGCUGUGGGAAUUCCAGGCUGGGGUGUCUGCGGCUGGAUCGCCACCAUCUCCUUUUUUGGGACAAACAUUGGUUCAGCAGUGGUGAUGCUCAUUCCCACAGUCAUGUUCACAGUUGUGGCUGUCUUUUCCUUCAUCGCCCUCAGCAUGGUUCAUAAAUUCUACCGGGGCAGUGGAGGGAGUUUCAGCAAAGCUCAGGAGGAGUGGACCACUGGGGCGUGGAAGAACCCGCAUGUGCAGCAGGCAGCCCAGAAUGCAGCCAUGGGGGCAGCACAGGGUGCCAUGAAUCAGCCGCAGACUCAGUAUUCUGCCACCCCUAACUACACAUACUCCAAUGAGAUGUGAGCCAGCCAAGCCUACCAGGAGGCAGGGCUGGGGCCAGUGUAUAUGUAUGUAUAUAUGUAUAUGUUUAUCCCCCGCCCCUACCUUCUGGGUCCUGCUCUCAGCACUCUGAGAGCUGUGGGCUGCACGAGGAGCCGGCCCAUGCAUUGGUAGCUAUGUCCAUGUCCCCUUGUAAAAUAACAUGCAGUGGAAGUCUCUUGUUGUGGUGCUAGAUGUAUGUUUAGAACUAAACCAGCCCCCCACCCUCCACCAGGCUGCCCCCUUUGACCCUGGCCCAGGGAUUUCUCAUGGGGCGGGGGGAGGCAUAGCAGUGAGCCUGGUUACCUGUGCAGGGUUAUGAGCUGAAGCUGUUUCUGCCUUUGGUCCUACUGGAAAGCAACAAUAUUGAGCACUCAUGUGGCAGAUGGGAGGGUGAGACAGACAAGGGACAUUUUCUUGCUCGAAAUCUGUCUGGGACUCCCCUUCAACCUCUUCCUCCCCUUGCUUCCUUCCUGCUGUCAGAUUCCUUGUACUCUCUCCCUUCACCCAGGAUCUCUUUCUCCUCUCCACAUAGCUUUUCUUUGUCUUCCCAAGGCUAAAUGACCCACUUAUAUCUGCUUCUAAGACUGAGCCCAGGUUCCCAGAUCUGAUCUGAUUUCCAGUUCAAGGAAGCCCACAUGGGAGAUGAGCCAGCCCUGAUGUGGGAGGGGCAUGCAGCUGGAGAUGCAGAGCCCAUUUUUGUACUUGACUCCCAGGGAAUGGAAAUGCAGGACUGGUCUCUGGUUCUAAAAGCCUGCCCUGCAGAGACAGGCUUCUGUUUUUCCCUCCCCCCCCACUCGCCUCUUCUCCCCAGAUCCACCUUUAGCUAUUCUGCCUUUUCUGAGGAGCUAGGUUGUAUUAGACAGUUGUCAGGUGUAAAGGCACUACUGAACAGUGGGCAUAGAAAUUACUAAUCUGUGGAAAAGGGCUUCUGGGUAUCCCUGAGUGACCAUUGGAUUCCUGGGAGGAGUAGCUGUUCUAUUUGGAUGUGGCAGAAAAGGAUGGUGCUCAGAGGGCCAGUCUGAAGGGAGGUCAGAAGAGAAGGAAAACGGCCCAAUGAGAGGGGAGCUCACCUCCUAGCCCCACUAGUCCUUGACUAUAGGACAGUUUCUAGGGAGAUGCUCCCAAGCCCAUUUUGUAAGCACAGUGGCCUGAAUGGAUUCCUGGUUGGCAGCGAGGGAAAGAGGGACAAUUCUGGCUUUAGUUUUUAAUUUAGUGGUUUUUGCCCACCCCCACCUUCAUCUCCCUGUUAAAAAGAACUACAGGACUUGGUUCCUGGCCUUUCCUUUCCCUCUUCCCCUUCAGGACAGUUAUCUCAGUUCCUGGGACUGUUCUUUUCCAAGCAGUGGUGAACACUACUGGUAGGGGCUCCAGCUCUGUGUGAGGCCCGAGGUGAGUGGGUCUUACCCAAGGAGUGGAAGCUGUUUUGUUUCUUAUCCUCUUUCCAACAGAAGCCCACCUAGGCUAGGUAGACUGAAAAAUGAGACCAUACUCUGCCAUAUCAAACUGGCUUCACCUUAGAACCUAACACCUGGAAUUUCAGGCCACCUUGUGCUUUGAUCUCCAGCUUCUUUCUUAUAAGAGAAGCCAGGAGUCUGGAAAGUUCCUUUCCUAAUGGUCUCUUAGGCUUAGUUGAUUCCUCUACCAUUUUUAUUUUCUGAAGAGCAGUUGUCAUAGCCCCUGGUAUCCUAAAAGACCCCUUCCUCUCCUUCCUUUCUCUUGCCCCCAGACUUCUGGCUCCCUGUCUCUUAGUACCUCUGGUAGUUCCAGGAGGGCUGUGAUCUAGCUGCCAGCCUAGCAUCCAUGAUCUGUUGGAUGCUACCUCCAAUCAGUUUCCUGUCCUACCUGCCUUUCCUCUCUCCUGGCUCAUACCUAUUGGCCAUGCCUGGCGCUGCCCCUGGAAAAGCCUGUUAACCAGUGUCUGGCCCAGCUGUUCAGGCCCUGGAAUGCUGCAUCUCCAGGCAACUAUGCACUUUCCUGGGGAAGGAACCAGGAUGAAAUGGGGUUGGGCACAGAUGGUUUGACUUGGGGGUGGGAGGAGAGUCCAGCAAUUUUGGGAUCCCUGGUCUGCGGCCAGCCAGUGACCUGCUUUUGCAUUCUCCUGGUGCCCACUGCCCCUUGUUUCUGAGAGACACAAACCAUUCCCUAGCUGGCAGUUCACCUGCCUGAGUCAAUGUGUCUAUUUGUAGUAACUGGAUGAACUAUAAUAAAGGGGAACAUUUGACCCUGUC